AGCCAAUUAGUAUCGUAUAAAUAACAAAUGAAUAGCUUACACUUAUAUAAUACUUCAUUAUUUUUGAAUAAAGAUGUUUUUUUGUAAAACAUAGUUUAAAUAUUGUAAUGGCAGUGUGGUUUAAGUAUAAGCUGUGUCAGUGAACAAAUAACUGGGCAACACGUAAAAGGAAAUUGACGUUAACGUCAACUGUCAUUUAUACUGUCUAAAAAGAUUGUUUUCUCAAAAAUUAACUGAAUUAAGAAAUGAAAAGUACUUUUUCAAGAUAAUUAUUGUAAGGUAACAGCUUAAAAAUGAAAAUGUAUUUUUCUAUAGCUUCUUUGUCCACUAUCUUGUUUAUUAUAAUCCAAACGCAAUCUUGUACAGCUGAAUUUUCAACGGAAGAUUGUUCCUCUUUGGGUUUUAUCAAAGCUAAUCUUCUGUGUUCAUCUUGCGACCAACUAAAAGAUUUCAAUUUAGAGCAGCUUAUUGAACACUGUAAGGAAUGCUGCCACAACGACGAGAGUGCAACAAAUGAGAAGAAAUAUGCGCGCGCGAUUUUAGAAGUGUGCACUUGCAAAUUCCCGGCAUAUCCACAGAUCCAAGCUUUCGUAAAGAGUGACAGACCGGCUAAGUUCCCUAACUUGCAAAUUAAAUACGUGCGUGGAUUGGAUCCUAUAAUUAAACUUCUCGAUAAAGAUGGAAUCGUAAGAGAUACAGUUGCUAUUGAAAAAUGGAACACUGAUUCUGUAGAAGAAUUUUUGAAUACUCACCUCGAAAAAGGUGAAGAUGAAGAUCGGAGUUAUUUAAAAACUAACCAAAUUUAGUUUUCUAAUUUUUUAAUCAAUUAUUAUGUGAAUUGAACAAUAGUCUUCAUAUUCAGUUAUUUUUAUCAUACUUACAAGAGACU